AAUCAUGAUAACGUCAUAAUUGAAUGGCGGGGACGAGAGAAAACGUCAUUUUGACAGAAUGGCAGAAAGUCUGGAAAGUUAGUCACGAUUUCUGUUAAAUACUUGUUUCUGUGUUUAUUUUAUCAAAAUGAAACAUUGUGUAUUCGGUAAAUCGUAAAAAUAGAAAAUACCGAAUAGUGUCACGAACAGUUUUCAUUAAAGUUAAUGAAAAAAAGUGAAUUUCAUUAAAAAGAAGUACAUUAUAAAAUUUCGGUCCAUCGUUACAGUGAACGCUUGCGGAAAUUGUACGUGUCGUGCUUGCAGAUGCUUCGUUAGUUUUGCAUAGGGUUUCUGACCGUAAUACGGUACGAAUGUGAUGGAGGAUUACAAAUUUCUCUUUAAAGUUGUGCUCGUAGGAAAUGCGGGUGUCGGCAAGACUUGCCUCGUGCGCAGAUUUACCCAGGGAUUAUUUCCCCCAGGCCAGGGUGCAACAAUAGGUGUUGAUUUUAUGAUUAAGACUGUAGAAGUAGAAAAUGAGAAAGUUAAGCUUCAAAUCUGGGAUACUGCCGGUCAAGAAAGGUUUCGUUCAAUAACACAAAGUUAUUAUAGGUCAGCUCAUGCUUUGAUUUUGGUUUAUGAUAUUUCCUGUCAACCUACAUUUGAUUGUUUACCAGAUUGGUUAAGAGAAAUUGAAGAAUAUGCAAGUAAUAAAGUUCUUAGGAUAUUAGUAGGUAAUAAAAUUGAUCGAGAAGACAGAGAAAUACCAACACAUGUAGGAGAAGAUUUUGCACAAAGACAUGGGAUGUACUUUUUAGAAACUUCUGCUAAAGAAGCAGAGAAUGUAGAACGGCUAUUCAUGGAAAUAGCAGCUGAACUUAUGGAGCAAGCACGCAGUAAAGAACUACCUAGAUAUGAAACAAAUGCAACUUCUAUAAAUGGAAAAACAACAUCAAUUGGUGAUACAAGUAACUGUGGUUGUAGUCGACUUUCUUAACUAGCUUUUAUAUCUAUUAUUAAGUCAUUCAGAAAAUGCAUAAUUUCAGUUGCUAAAUAUGUACGUAGAACACUAUCAUAUAAUUUUUAUAGAGUACAGGGAUUGAAUGCAAUAUUAGUCAAUCUUCUGCCACUAAAUAAAAAAAAUUCUAAUAUUAGAACAUCUUUGAUAUUAUAUGUUAGCAUCUAGUGUUAUAUCAUGCAGAUUAUAUUGACAAUUUUGUUGCAAAAAAUAUAUAAUAUUUAAGAUUAAAACGAAGUUUAAAUAUGUUGAUAAAUAUUUGUUCUCAUAUGUGUUCUUAUAGAUAUUAACUAAAGUCUUUUUGUUAUAAUUUUAUGAUUGCAUUAUUUGAAUAAUAAAUAAGUUGGACGCCUGUUUUUUGACAUUUAAUGUUGUGCCCAUAAAUGGAAGUUUAUUAUAUGUUCUAUAAUAUUCUUAUUAUGUCAGAAAGUACAAAUAAGUAUUUCAUAUUUGGUGACUGAAUAUGAAGUCAUUACAAAUAUAAGAUUUCUACUAAAAAAUGUAAGCCUAAUAUCGUCCAAGAUUUUUCCAAAUCCGCAGUAUACACAAAAAUGUUUGCUGCUUUAAAAGUCAAGCGAAACUUAAAAUGAAAGCAAAGUUCCAUAUAUGUACUAUUUAUUAUAAAUAGUAAAAAUUAUUAUGAAUAAUUUUUUACUUGAUCAUUGCUUAUUAUAAUAAGUGUGACUAUGAUUAUGUUAGCAGCAUUUACGCAACCAAAGUUUUGUUGUAUCUUUUAAGAUUUUAUUUAUAAUUCUGGCGGAUAAUUAAUGCUUGUCCCGUCUAUGCAUUGUUCGACGUUGUAUUUUAUAGAUUUUUAUUAGUAUUUAUGUUAUAAAUAAGACAUUUGUUGUUCGUACUAUUAUAUCAAUAACACAAUUUUUUAGCACAUCACUCUAGUCUUUAUACCUUUUUAUAUUUUAAAUACAAAAAAUGAAUAAUAACUUAUACCAUCUCA